AUGGCCGACGCAGCGUUUAAGCCCGAGAAGGACUUCUCCAAGGAGGUCGACAAGCAGAUUCCCGAGGCCGAGCAGCUCGCAAAGACAGACAUCCAAGCUGCCAUCGAAAAGCUCUCGGCUCUAGAGAAGCAGACGCGCCAAGCGUCCGAUCUCGCAUCAACAUCACGAAUCCUCAUCAGCAUCGUAACCAUCUGCAAGAAUGCUGGCGACUGGGGUCUACUCAAUGACCAGACCCUGGUGCUAUCCAAGAAACAUGGCCAGCUGAAGCAGGCCAUCACCAAGAUGGUGCAGACCGUUAUGGGGUUCCUUGACGAGACACCUGAUAUGGCGACCAAGCUAUCCGUCAUUGAGACGCUCCGCACAGUGACCGAGGGCAAGAUCUUCGUUGAGGUGGAGCGCGCUCGCGUAACCAAGAUCCUCUCCGACAUCAAAAAGGCACAAGGCGACCUCAAGGCGGCCACCGACACGCUCUGCGAGCUCCAGGUCGAGACGUUUGGGUCCAUGGACCGGCGCGAGAAGGUCGAGUUCAUCCUGGCACAGGUGGCGCUAUGCAUUGAGAGCGGCGACUGGACACAGGCUGGCAUACUCAGCCGCAAGAUCAGCACCAGGUACCUGGCCCGGAAACCCAAAAAGACGCCGGAGCAGCUCGAAAAGGAGAAAAAGGAGCGCGAAAAGAAGGCCAAGGUCGAGCAAGAAGCCGAGCCCCAAGAGGAGGACGAUGUGACAGACCUCAAGCUGCGAUACUACGAGCAGCAGAUCAUCCUGGCCAAGCAUGACGCGAAGUAUCUCGACGUGUGCAAGCACUACAGACAGGUGCUGGAUACCGAGGCAGUGGAAGAAGACCCAGAGAAGCUCCGGGCGGUGUUGCAGAGAAUCAUAUACUUUAUCAUCCUCGCUCCUCACGACAAUGAGCAGCACGAUCUGCUGCACAGAAUUCACAAGGACCCUCGGAACGCCAUGGUACCCCAAGACGCCGAGCUCCUCAACCUGUUCACGGUACACGAGCUCAUGCGCUGGCCCGAAGUGUCGAAGCUGUUUGGACCGCACCUGCUCAGCACCGACAUAUUCGACUCAGUCAAGGGGCAGUCCGGCGACGACAAGGCGUUCGAGCGGUGGCAGGACCUGCGCAAGCGCGUCAUCGAGCACAACGUCCGCGUCGUGGCCAAGUAUUACACGCGCAUCCAGAUGGGCCGCCUCACACAGCUGCUCGAUCUCAGCGAGGACGAGACGGAGAAGUACAUCAGCGAGCUGGUGACGGCCAAGACGGUGUAUGCCAAGAUCGACCGGCCAGCACGCAUCGUCAGCUUUGCGAAGCCGCGCGAUGCCGACGACAUACUCAACGAGUGGAGCUUCAACAUGAAGAGUCUACUGGGUCUUUUGGAGAGGAUCGAUCACCUUAUUACCAAGGAAGAGAUGAUGGCGCGGAUCCAGCCAGGGGUCAAGACAAAGAAGGGCAAACAAUCCAAGCGCUAG